AUGUUGGAAAGAUCAUUGCCAGAUGAUACCAAUAGAAGCAGGAUUCUCUUCACCAGCAGGUUUCAGAAUUUGACUUCGCAAUUUAGUGAUUGCGAGCCUUUCCAUCUCCAACAACUUACUGUUGAAGAGUGUUUUGUGUUGCUUCAGAAGAAGAUAUUUGGCAGAAAAGAUUGCUGGAAGAAUUUUGCAAACAGUCUUAGUUCCAGCAUUGUAAUUGAGACCAAUCUGUUGGAGUUGGGUUAUAGUCAUUUACCUGAUUAUUUGAAGCCAUGCCUUUUUUACUUUGGCGCAUUUCCAGAAGAUGAGAAUAUUCCUACUGAAGGAAAGAGUUUAGAGGAUAUGGCUAAUGACUACUUGAAGAAUUUGGUUAAUAGAAGUUUAGUUAUGGUUACCCAACAGAGAACUAUAGAUGGUGCCAUAGCUUGCCGAAUUCAUGAUUUGUUGGACCUGGGGGAGUUUAGUCUUGGCAAAAGUUUCCCGAUGGAAGUAGUGUUGCUUGUUCACGUGAGAUACUUGGCCAUUCGAUCAGAACUGUUAUCAAUUCUAGAUGCAAUAGCCAACCUCUCAAGGUAUGGUUUUACUUUUCCCAACAAUCUGGAAGGCUCCCCGGAUUUAGAACAUCUAGUCACUUUGACCCUAGCGAUUGAUCCUUCUUAUCAAAGCUUGCAAAAGAUACCGAAAAAGUUUCCAAGCAUCCGAAGGCUAAGAUGUGCAGGACUCGGAUCUUAUGGCAAUGGGAUUCUCAUGCUGGACUAUUUGAGUCAACCGUGGAGUGAAAUUUCAACAAUUGGUAAGCUGACCAAGCUUGAAGUGCUUAAGUUAAACAGUGAAUCCUUUGUGGGAAGGAAAUGGGAAAUGAAAGACGGGGAGUUCUCUAAGCUCCGAAUCUUGAAACUGUCAGAGUUGGACAUCCGUUGGUGGACUGCAACAUCUUCUGAUCAUUUUUCCUGUCUUGAGAAAUUGGUUUUGCAUGGUUGUAAGAAGCUGGAAGAGCUCCCUUCUUGUUUAGGGGAAUCUGCGCCUCUUGUAAUGAUUGAGGUGAAAGGGUGCAGUCUGCUGAAAGUUCUGUGA